GGCAAGCACUUCUCCAUCCUCCAGCAUCUCAGGCCUGCCCUUCUCCUGUGUGCCUGCCUCCUGCUGCCACCACCAUGACCACCACCAUCGGCCAGUUCACCUCCUCCAGCUCCAUCAGGGGCUCCUCCGGCCUGGGGGACAGCUUCUCCCACAACUCCUGCCGGCUGUCUGGCGGCCUGGGUGCCGGCUCCGGCAGGCUGGGAUCUGCUGGAGGCCUGGGCAGCGCCCUUGGGGGUAGCAGCUACUCCAGCUGCUACAGCUUUGGCUCUGGCGGUGGCUAUGGCAGCAGCUUUGGGGGCAUUGAUGGGCUGCUGGCCGGAGGUGAGAAGACCACCAUGCAGAACCUCAAUGACCGCCUGGCCUCCUACCUGGACAAGGUGCGCGCCCUGGAGGAGGCCAACACUGAGCUGCAGAUUAAGAUCCGUGACUGGUACCAGAGGCAGGCCCUGGGGCCCACCCGUGACUACAGCCAGUACUACAAGACAAUGGAGCUGCAGAACGAGAUCCUCACAGCCACCGUGGACAAUGCCAACAUCCUGCUACAGAUUGACAAUGCCCAUCUGGCUGCUGCUGACUUCCGCACCAAGUUUGAGACAGAGCAGGCCCUGCGCCUGAGUGUGGAGGCCGACAUCAGUGGCCUGCGCAGGGUGCUGGAUGAGCUGACCCUGGCCAGAGCCGACCUGGAGAUGCACAUUGAGAACCUCAAGGAGGAGCUGGCCUACCUGAAGAAGAACCACGAGGAGGAGAUGAACGCCCUGUGAGGCCAGGUGGGCGGUGAGAUCAAUAUGGAGAUGGACGCUGCCCCAGGCGUGGACCUGAGCCGCAUCCUGAACGAGAUUCGUGAUCAGUAUGAGGAGAUGGCAGAGAAGAAACGCAAGGAUGCCGAGGAUUGGUUCUUCAGCAAGACAGAGGAGCUGAACCACGAGGUGGUUGCCAACAGCGAGCUGGUGCAGAGCGUCAAGAGCGAGAUUUUGGAGCUCCGGCGCACCAUGCAGGCCUUGGAGAUCGAGCUGCAGUCCCAGCUCAGCAUGAAAGCAUCCCUGGAGGGCAACCUGGCGGAGACAGGGAACCGCUACUGCAUGCAGCUGUCCCAGAUCCAGGGGCUGAUCGGCAGCGUGGAGGAGCAGCUGGCCCAGCUUCGCUGCGAGAUGGAGCAGCAGCACCAGGAGUACAAGAUCCUCCUGGACGUGAAUACGUGGCUGGAGCAGGAGAUCGCCCCCUACCGCCACCUGCUGGAGGGCGAGGAUGCCUGGUGCGGUGGAGGCUUGCCUCUUGCAUCAGCUGAGAUGCGGUGCCACUGGCUUCCUGCGCAGUGACAAGAUGGCAGCCCUGUUCACCAAGGUGGGGAAGACGUGCCCAGUGGCAGGGGAGAUUUGCCACAAGGUAAAGGAGCUGCAGCAACAAGCAGAGGGCAGGUGAGCCCUGGGCCAGCCCCUUCUUCCCUCCUUUCAGCUCUUCCCACUUGGCAAUUGCUACUUCCUAGGACAGCCCAUCGGAAAGUUGGCAUCCUGGGCCUGUUCCUUGCAGGGCCUCUGGGUGAGGGAUCAGCCUGAGG